CCUUCCCUCCAACCUACGCCUGCACAUUUACUGCGAUUUGCCCUGAGGGGGACUACAGUUGCGAACAAACCGAAUCCCGCACCUGCGAUGCUACCGUUCAGGCUAAAACGUGUCUUCAAUACAGAUUGGUCCUCGGAUGCCGCCGCACCUCCGACAUUCUGGAAACAAAAACAGAGAAUGUACCAAAAGGCUACGGAGGAGAGGUUUCUUUAUGGGCUGAUGUUUAAGGCACAAAGUGUUCCGCAUCUGCAGGUCUUUAUUCAGAGACAUGUAUAUUCAGAGCAGGGUGCCCUGCUCUUGCAAGAGAACGGAUGUACAUUGCUGGCCAUCGCUCUGGAGCAUUGUCAGCGCAACAAUUCGUAUCAGGAGAUACUGGUCACUCUGAAUGCAAUAAUUAUGCGGAUCGAGAACCUGGGCGUCGAGGUCAGGAGGAGUCUGCGUGCCCUGGCGAUACACUACUCCAGUUUGGCCUUUUCAGCAGCUGCCAUGAGGCCGCACCUGAAAGAAUUUAGUAAGCUUGAUCAAACGCUGAAAGGGAAGCACAGCGCUGCUCUCAUGAAUUCCUUAUCUUUCUCUUUGGAUGCUCUCGAAACUCCGGAGUUACAGCAUGAGAUAGAGUCAAUGCGCCGCUUGAUUAGCCCUAUUCACAUGACAGAAGUGCAUGAAUCUCACCACCUGGACCGUUUAUUACACUGGAACGGGUUCAUGGAGUCUAGACGCCGUGAAGUAUAUAUGCCACUUCUAGCCAAGCUUGGCAUGUAUGAACUUCUGGACUCGGUGUGGGAAAGAGUCAAGGACGACCUGUUGUCUGAGCGGAAUUUAGAGCCUAUAUACCGCUGCGUGUUUGAAAUGAUGAAGGACGGGAUGACCUCCAAGGCUUUGGUUUAUUUGAAACAACUAUCAAGCAUGCUCGGUGGGAAGCUGCCGCAUAUUUCGAAAGUGAAUUACCUGAGUAGCCUCCUCGACGACGAGGCAAUGGGCGAAGCUCUACCACGGCUUGCCGGGGAGGAGGAGCGUCUGAGUAUACUCGAGGCUCAACUACAAACUCUGGAGCGAAGGCUUGGAAUUUGCUGGGAGCCGGAAAAAUCGGUUCAUGUGGGGUUUUCUAAUCCAGAUUGCAAUACUUCCGAAAACCCACUAUUCGACAUUGAUGGCGAGACCCCUGGAUAUGAUAGCAGUGAGCGAUUGGUCGCAGAUGUCAUGGCGCUUGGAUGUUCGAAGUCUACACAAGACCUGAGACACAUUGCCAACCUUCUUGAUGACUAUGAAGGGCAAAUGGUGCCUAUCUCAACUCCAAACGAGAUGUUGGAUUUUGCCUGGUGUAUUGAACGAUCUCCAAUUGAAAUAUGUGGCACCUCGACCACUCUGCAAAACGAUCUUCCACAGUCUCUGCCAGUGGAAUCUUUAGGGCUCUUGCGAAUCCGGCUCGACGGUAAUCAGAUCAGCCCAGCACAUCAAUAUCCACUCCGCUUCAUACAUCUCGGCCGCCUUCUCAAGCGGCUGAAGUGGCAGGAGCCGCCUGAGUGCAACAGAAAAAAUAGAAUUUACGACUGGGAGCAAACGGGAUACAUUGUUGGGUGGGAUCGAGUUCAUGCUCGAUUUGUUCUUGUAUAU